AUGGUUGAAGAUCAAAAUCAAAAUCAAAACAAUCAAAACCAAGAUACCUCACCAGAUGCAACUAGUUCUCCGUACAUCAAUCCAUCACAAAAUAUUGGACCUGCAUUGGUGCUUGUGGCGUUCAAUGGAGUUGGAUACAGAUCAUGGAGGAGAUGUGUGCUCAGAGGAAUUUCAGUGAAAAAUAAGAUGAAUUUCAUCAAUGGUAAAAGCAAAAGACCAGCCUUAGAUGAUCCAACCUAUGAACAAUGGGUAAGGUGUGACGAUAUGGUCACUUUGUGGAUACUGAAUUCGCCUUCUAGGGAUAUUGCUGAUAGCUUACAGUAUGUCAACAAUGCAAGGGAACUCUGGCAGGAGCUAAAGGACAUGUAUGAUCAAACCAAUAGUGCUAAACGUUAUCAAUUGCAAAAGAAGAUCAAUGAUCUAAGUCAAGGAACACUAGAUAUAACUAGAUAA